ACUCGAGCUUAAGUCGGGACAAAUCAAAAUGAUAACUGUUGUUUUACUUACGUUGGUGACGCUCAUAUUUUUAUAUCAGCUAUAUAAAUAUGCAGUCGCUCGUCCUGAAGGAUUCCCACCGGGUCCUCCACGAUUGCCCAUCUUCGGCAGCUAUCUCUUUAUGCUGCUGAUCAAUCACAAAUACCUACACAAGGCCGUUUUACAACUCAGCAAGUGGUACAAGUCGGACAUUAUUGGUCUGUAUGUGGGAUCGUUUCAAAUUGCCGUCGUCCACAAUGGAGAGGCAGUUCGUGAGAUCCUGAAUAAUCAGCUCUGCGAUGGACGACCCGUUGUCUACUUGAGCAAAAUCCGUGAUCCUGAAGUUUGUGUUCGAGGCAUAUUCUUUAAGGAUGGAAUUCUGUGGAAAGAACAGCGUCGCUUUAUUCUUCGUUAUCUGCGUGACUUUGGAUUUGGUCGUCGCUUCGAUCAGUUGGAGAAUGUCAUCGCGGAGGAAAUUACCGACAUGCUCGAGAUCAUACGCAGCGGUCCUCGCUACGCGCACGAGCAUGAGCUGGUCAAGCCGGGUGGAUAUAGAAUACAACUGCCUCUAUUUUUCAGUCCCUUCGCUGCCAAUAGUCACUUCAGCGUUGUCUACAACGAGCGGACUUCGAGACCCGAAAUGGCCAAGCUAAUAAAACUAAUUCAGUUUGGACUACAAUUUCAACGCAACGGCGAUGAUUAUGGAAGAAUGUUGAGCAUCAUACCGUGGAUUCGACAUAUCUGGCCCGAGACCAGCGGAUAUAAGAAACUGUAUGAGGCGAACAUGUUUAUAUAUCAAUACUUUGCAGAAAUAGUCGAUCGCCAUUUACUUACUUACGAUGAAAACUUCGAGCGCAAUUUCAUUGAUAUCUACAUAGCCGAAAUGAAGAAGGAUCUGCCCAAAGAAUACGGCUUCAAUCGCGAACAGUUCAUCAUGGGCCUCAUCGAUUUCUCGUUUCCCGCUUUCACGGCACUCGGCAACCAAGCAACACUGAUUGUGCAGUACCUCAUGCUCAAUCCCGAGGUCACGAAGCGCAUACAACGCGAAAUCGAUGAUGUGGUGGGCAGUGGACGCCUGCCCACAUUGGACGAUCGUGAGAAGAUGCCCUAUACUGAGGCAACGAUACGAGAGACCAUGCGCAUCGACACCUUGGUACCUUCCGAUGUGCCACACAAAGCUCUCGAAGACAUUGAGCUCAUGGGCUACCGUAUACCCAAGGACACCCUAGUCAUUCCCAGUCUAUAUGCCAUGCACAUGGACAAGCGAAUUUGGGGUGAUCCCGAAAAUUUCAGACCCGAACGUUUUCUGGACGAACAAGGCAAUUUGUGCCUCAAGAAGGACUUGUCCCUGCCCUUUGGAGCUGGCAAACGAUUGUGUGCCGGCGAGACCUUUGCACGGAAUAUGCUCUUCCUAAUAACCACAGCCAUGUUGCAGAACUUUGACUACGUUCUAGCCCCGGGCGACAGCUUGCCUGAUCUAUCCAAGAAUGAGGUCGGGCUGGUUCUAACGCCUCCAGAUUACUGGGUACAACUCAAAGAGCGUUCGUAAUGCCACGAGCC